AUUAACAGAUUUCCGAUGAUGAUCGAAUGAGCUUAACUACAGCCGUUUCUGAUGAAGAUGAUGGCGAAAGUGUCAUGGCGUCACCAUAUAAAGCAAAAGCAACUGGUACAGCUGCGUCCUCAUUUAAUUGCACUGGCGCUGUUCGUAAAGCUGGUUUCCUUUCGGUGAAAAAAUGGUUGCUUCGCAAAAAGCAUCAAAUCGAAUUGGCACGCAAACGUGGCUGGAAGGGUUACUGGGUCUGCUUGAAAGGCACCACACUACUAUUUUAUCCAUGCGAUUCGCGCGAAGGACGUAGCGUCGAAGCAGCACCGAAACAUUUAAUUAUUGUUGAUGGUGCGAUUAUGCAACCAAUUCCGGAACAUCCAAAACGCGAUUAUAUAUUCUGUUUGAGUACUGCAUUCGGAGAUGCGUAUUUGUUCCAAGCGCCCUGUCAGGUUGAACUAGAAAAUUGGGUCAAUAGCAUACACAGUGCAUGCGCUGCUGCAUUUGCACGCCAUCGUGGUAAAACUGGAACGCUUCAUUUGCUGCAAGAAGAAAUUUUCCGCUUGGAGAAGGCCAUUGAAUCGCAAAUAAUAGACUGGAAAACUAAAGCAAUAACAACAACAAUUACUUAUGUGACUACAACUGUGACUGUGCCUGUGACUGUGACUGUGACUAUGACUAUGAUUACAGCCUUAGCGAUACCGCAAUUCAGCAAUGGCAAGAAUCAUGCUAAGCAAUGCUAA